ACUAGUUAGGCUAAUCUAUAGACUCGCGGCUUGGUAGAUGGAUAUUUCUAGAUGGGUGAGACGCCGGUGCUAAAUGCCGGAUAUGCAGAUGAGUAGGUAGACACCUGGAUGGAUGGGAUGGUAUGGAUGGCCGACUAGCUAGCUGAAUCCUUAUCCUCUGGAUCUUGGGGAAGCUUGUCGCUAGUUCCAUCGCCACGCCCACGAGCCCAUGCGGUCGGUUAAGUCAAGCGUCAUUAGGUAUAUUAUGCCUACUAAUUCGGUAUGUGGAUACCUAUUCAGUGGGAUGGAUAGAUCCAGGGGGGGGAUUCUUACUAGGCAUACUCUUACCCCUCCACUCCCUCCACCCCCUCCACCCCUGUUCUCGUACGUUUUCGUACCUGUAAUUUCCUGUCAUUUCGUCCUUUUCCGACGGGGACCUCGUAGUUAAGACGAUAUCCACGACCGAGGCGAAAUAAAUCGCCCAAUUUCUGGUGUCGCCUCUUGAACCUUCGAUAUAUCCCCAGGCCGCAGACUGAUGGAGACGAUACUAGUGUAUUUCGAAGCCAAGUGUCUAUGAUGACUCGUGCUAUCUACUGCUAGAAAUCUCCUAGGUUUAGGGUUUCUAGUACAAGGUCCGGGCGAAAGAAGAUCUAACGAUGUCAGACGAGAGAGGCAAGCUAGCGAGAAUUGCCAGUAGGUGGUGUAGAGGCGGGAGAGACUGUCGAAAAUGUAGCUGCCAGGCCCACCACAUCUCCCACAUUAUUAUCUUAUCCGCACAUCACA